GUUUUUGCUAUCAUGGAUGAGCAUUCUCAGCAAGGCCAGCAUUCACCACCUUCCCAGUAUCAUUCACAGUGCUUUCCAGGAGGUGAAGAAUGAACAAAACCUUUGAGACCAGAUAUGGGUUACAACUCUUUAGCAAAUUUUCAGAUUGAGAAGAAGAUUGGAAGAGGACAAUUUAGUGAAGUUUAUAGAGCCAAAUGUUUAUUAGAUGGAGUUCCAGUAGCUUUGAAAAAAGUUCAGAUAUUUGACUUGAUGGAUGCCAAAGCUCGUGCAGAUUGCAUCAAAGAAAUAGAUCUCCUUAAGCAACUUAACCAUCCAAAUGUAAUUAAAUAUUAUGCUUCAUUUAUUGAAGAAAAUGAACUAAAUAUAGUGUUGGAGUUGGCAGAUGCUGGAGAUCUUUCACGAAUGAUAAAGCAUUUUAAGAAACAGAAGAGGUUGAUUCCUGAAAGAACAGUAUGGAAAUACUUUGUUCAGCUUUGUAGUGCCUUGGAUCAUAUGCACUCACGGCGUGUCAUGCACAGAGAUAUUAAACCUGCAAAUGUUUUCAUCACCGCCACUGGGGUUGUAAAAUUAGGAGACCUGGGUCUUGGAAGAUUCUUUAGCUCUAAAACUACAGCAGCACAUUCUUUAGUUGGUACCCCUUAUUACAUGUCCCCUGAGAGAAUACAUGAAAACGGGUACAACUUCAAAUCUGACAUCUGGUCACUAGGCUGUUUGCUCUAUGAGAUGGCUGCCCUACAGAGUCCUUUCUAUGGUGAUAAAAUGAACCUCUUUUCUUUGUGCAAGAAAAUUGAGCAGUGUGACUACCCUCCUCUUCCUUCUGAUCAUUAUUCAGAAGAGCUGAGGAAAUUAGUAGACAUGUGUAUAAACCCGGAUCCUGAAAAGAGGCCCGAUAUUGCCUAUGUGUAUGAUAUAGCAAAACGGAUGCAGGCAUUCACCUUGGGCAGCUAAAUCUGUCUUCAAGAAUGAAGAAAAGAAGCAGGUGAUUUCCCAGUGUCCUCUGCAAUUCUUUCAAUAUCUGAAAACGUUCUAACACAUGAAAUGGAAAACAUUUCCAGUAAUUCAGCUUUUUUUUGCUUAUAACUUUCAUUUAGAAGUAUAUUUUUUUAUGAAGCCCAGCUGGGAUUUGUUACUGGAUUCUUCAGCCAUCUGGGUCUUCAGUUUUAUAUAUAUAUAUAUAUAUAUAUAUAUAUAUAUAUAUAUAUAUAUAUAUAUAUAUAUAUAUAUAUAUAUAUAAUAAACAUGAAAUUGAAAAGGGAUUGGGGGGAUCUUGUUACAACAGAAGUAUAAAUUAUGAGUGACAACCAUGGAAUGGAACAUUUCUAAUCUGACUUGCCCAGUUACACAUUAUGAUGUCAGACUGAUUUCUGUUUUGUGUUUUGAAUCCAAGUAGUGUUUUCCACUUGAAAGUGUUUUGUGUCAUGUAUGCCUAUCUAGGUUACUUUUUUUUUAAUCUUCACACAAUUGUUUAUAAAAUAUUGUACCAUUUUAAUUGUGUUUUAUGUAUGCCAUUAAACUUCAAUGAUGUGCAAGGAG